UGCAGUGGUUCGCAGUCGCGCAUUAUUGUCUAAGCACGCACAAGAGUCGCGGGAAAAAUAAAUUUCAAAUCUAUCUUACACAUAGUUUAAUUGAUAUUGUAGUGAAUAAUAAUAAUAUAGUGUAGUUUUGUGUUUCGCUGUUGGAGUUUCAUUGUUUCUGUUUUUACAGAAACCAUGGCCACGUCUGCUGUUUGGCUCACGCUGGCGCUGACCGGCGUUAUGCAGUGUGUGCAUAUAACUGUAAGGAAUCCGCGGCAGAUAUUUAUCCAGCAUUCGAAUCCCGCUCAGACGCCUAUUCGUAUCUCAGGCGCAGGGGCGAGGUUUGUAAAGGUGGCUUCUGUCAAUCAACCCGCCGAUAGACUUCCAGUUUUCGGCUAUGGCUUCCAAGAUCCUGUCAAAGUUCCAACACUUCAAAUCAAAAGUUUCAGCAAUCCACCACCACCGCUUGGGUCAGGAGAGGAUCCUGCGACCCAGACCUGUGGACUCUCGCCGCCUUUUUGCUCCAAAUCGAAAUACAGAUCCAUUGAUGGGUCUUGCAAUAAUUUGCUAAGACCUGUAUGGGGAAUGCCACAAACGCCAUACGGCCGAUUGGUCCCUUACAAUUAUGGUGAUGGUGUAAGCGCGUGGCCAAUAUCACGUUCAGGAAAUCCUCUGCCGAAUCCUCGUGACAUAAGUCUCCGGCUCUUCCCCGAUCGGCAGUUGAUCGAUCCAAUAUGGAACCUUAACGCCCAGCAGUGGGGUCAAAUUAUAACUCACGAUAUGUCACUGACCGCCGGCAUUGCGCAGAGCCAUGCUGAUAGGAUUACGUGCUGCGAUAAUAAUGGUCUUCUCGCAUUGGAUGCUACAACCAACCCAUUCUGCGCUCCUAUAUUGGUACCACCGAACGAUCCUGUACAUUCCCCCCAAGGUACUCAAUGUAUGAACUUUGUGAGGACCACUUCAACUAGGGACAGAGGUUGUACACCUCCGAAUGCACCUGCUGAACCGUUAACGACUGUGACUGCUUACAUGGAUCUUUCUUUGGUCUACGGAAGCAGUGCCGGUCAAGCAAAUCCCAUUAGAGCAGGAGCUGGUGGAAGAUUGCUAACCAUUCUGAGGAAGGGUCAAGAAUGGCCUCCCCAGGAUCCCAAUGUCACGUUAACUUGCGAGUCUGCAAAAUCACCCAAUGAACCUUGUUACUUAGCCGGUGACAUCAGAGUGAAUCAGAAUCCUCAACUGACGGUGCUGCAGAUAAUUCUUCUUCGCGAACAUAACCGCAUCGCCGACACGCUUAGUCGACUCAAUCCUCAUUGGGACGACGAGACCCUGUUCCAGGAAGCAAGACGAAUACAUAUUGCCGAAAUACAGCACAUCAAUUACUACGAAUACCUUCCUAUUUUCCUUGGUUUCGAAAACAUGGUGAAAAACAAGUUAAUCUACCCCGGAGCACAUGGUUAUGUAAACGAUUAUAAUCCAAACGUUGAUCCCACGAUCUUAGAUGAGCACGCUACUGCCGCUUUCAGACAUUUCCAUACGUUGAUCCGAGGUUAUUUAAAGUUAAUAUCGGAACGUCGUGCACUUGUCGGGGCGGUUCGUAUGAGCGACUGGUUCAACAGACCCUUGCUAUUGGAAAUCAACGACUCCUUCAACAACUUGGCAAGAGGCCUUACUGUUCAGGAACAAGACUUCAGCGAUCAAUUUUGGGACACGGAAAUUACACAGUUCAUGUUUAAGCGCAAUAAUACAUUUGGCGGCGAUUUACGAGCUACAGACAUCCAACGCGGUCGAGAUCACGGGCUAGGUACUUACGCGGUGACUCGUGCAGCCUGCGGCCUGCCAGUGCCAAAAAGUUUCCGGGACAUGCAAGAUUUUAUGUCAACGGAGAAUGUAAAAAUCCUUCGAGGUCUGUACGAGUCCUCUGAGGACGUUGAUCUGGUUGUGGGUGGGUCUUUGGAGCGGAAUGUACCCGGAGCACAGGCUGGACCAACAUUCCUCUGCAUCCUCACCGAGCAAUUUUACAGAACAAGGGUCGGAGAUAGAUACUUCUUCGAAAACGGUGCCGACCGUGAUACUGCUUUUACUCCCAGUCAAUUAGAAACAAUACGAAGCGGUGCAUCGAUGGCACGCUUGCUCUGCGACAACGCUGACGGAAUCAAUUCAAUGCAACCGAGGGCUUUCCAGCAGAUAUCGCCCGGGAAUCAAGUAGUAUCCUGCGAUGACUUACCCGCCGUGGACCUUAGCUUAUGGCAGGAUGCAAGUGGAUUAUUUAAAUAAAUAUAUAACUUAAGUUCUAAGUUCAGGCUAAUGUAAAGAACGAAAUGAAGUCAGGAUAGUAAUUUUAUUGUUUUUCUUAAUAUGUAUAGUUUUAUCAGCUAUCCAUAAGAUAAAAAAUAUUUUCUAGAGUGACCAGUUAGUGUUUACCUAUUUCCAUCAGAUCUUGUUAUGGAUCAUUGAAAUAGUAAGCUUUAGACUCACCUACGAUUUUGAUGUCCAAUAUUAUCAGAGUUAUGUUUAUUCAUGUGCAGUAGAAAUAGAUUUCGAAAAUAUUACAUUCCAUUUCAUUUAAACUAAAUAUAUGUUAUUAAUACGUAAAAUCCAUUAGAAUUAGUUAAGUUAGUUAGUUUUGAAUUAAGUGUAAAAAUAACGUUUUUUUUAUAUGCUACCAUAUUAGCGUCAUCCUUAUGUUUGCAUCGUUCUGCUUGGUACGGGAUAUCUCUGAAACACUUUUCUGUUUGCUAUAUUCCGCCAGUAUAAUUUAUGUUCAACAGCACGAAAAGAGAAAUUUCUAAACUGACGCUCUUGAAUUCUUUCGUUCCUUGCUGUAUCAUAAAAUUUAAAAAAUAUAUAUAUCAUGUGUGACUCAUCCUUACGAUUCAGUAAAAAUAAAGUUAUGCGCUUUCCACACACAUUGAGUACUAAUUCCUAUCUUUACACUCUGUGUCUCUAGUAUCUAGUUAUCACUAUGAUACACGGCGAUGGGGGCAGUAUUAUGCUCUAAAAGACUGCCUUCUAAUGGGGGACUUCGAUCUCUCGUCCCGAGGUAGCGUCGAUCACGCCAUGAAAUUUAAGAGUUCCGGUAACCAUAUAACCUUGAGGUUAUCUUUCUGCUUAAAAAUAAAUUGAAUCGUAUUUUAGACCAUGUACAGCGUACCCAAUUAUAAUAGUUUCAAUAUGUAAUAAUUUUGGUGGCAAUUUAUCAACGUAAUCUCGACAGUGGUGCUCAAAUUUUCGUAUUAUGUAAAACAAAUAUUGUAUUGAGGCAGACAAAUCUUGGAUCGAUAAUAAUUGUGCCGAGCUUAUACGAUACAUAAUGCCUUUUUACAUUAUAUUUGAUAAGUUUUCGUUCGGUAGCGUGACUGAAAAAAUGGAGACGAUGAGAUAAUUUUUGGCUCCGAAAAUCUUCUUGAUUCUGCGGUGGACCUACUUAGCCUUACUUGAUUGUUUAGUUAAUUCGUUCAAGGACCGAUUAUUCCAUAGCGUACGCAUAUAUCCAAAUGUACAUGAAUAAUUUAGAAUAUGUAAAUACAAUUAAACGUGAAUGUUAUUGUAUUUAAAUAUAAUUUAAAUUUUGUCUAAGUCAAUUUAUAUGUGUCUUAAUACUGCCUAUUGAAAACGUUUGGCAGAGUAGAUUUUAUUUCACUUCCAUAAAAUAAACAUUACGAACACAUUUAAAAGAAUAUAAAAAUACUACGGACUAUUUAGAAUUAUACGAGAAGGAGGUAUUUUGAUAAGAACCUGAAUUUACUUUGAAACUGUUUUUUUCUAAAUAA